CAUCAGUUCACAGCUCGCAGCCCGAACGAAUCGAUGUUUCUUCUGCGUUGGUAUUUCAUCUAAAUGUCAGAAAAUAUUCGAAUUAUUUAGGAAAAACGAUUUUAGCAACUGUUGUUUCGAUUUAUUAGAAAAGUGCGAAUUUUAUCUUCGGAGAAAGGAGUGACUGAUAUCGGUUUUGUUAUUAGUGAGAUAAAAAUAAGUCGGAAAUCAGCGAUAAAAUGCAUGAGAGGAUCAGCUUCUGUUGAUAACGCAAUAUAAAAUAUCGUUUGCGUUAUUCAUGCGGUUUUAUUGCGUUAUUAAUGAAAAACGUGUGAACAAUAAACAGCGUCAGUGUAUGUCAUCGUUGCUAUAAAAUAAAACUACAAUUUGUCAGAUACAGUUAUAGUAGCCGCACUGAGAAAAACGUUUAACGCGCGACGAUGUCUUUCGCCGACGUGGCAUUUCUGCUUGCAAUUUUAAGUUUUGGAAUCUGCAAUGUUCACGCGCUGUCCAAACCAAAACAUAACAAAGUCGUUACUUGCUACGUCGCAUCGUGGGCAGUCUACAGGGUGGGCGAUGGCGCGUUUACUUUAGAAAAUCUACGCCCGGAAUUAUGCACACACUUGAUUUACGCUUUCGCCGGCUUGAACACAUCGAGUUGGACGAUCAAAAGUCUCGAUCCCUGGAAUGACAUAGAGAAAGAUGGGAAAGGUAAUUACAAAAAGAUGACAGAUCUCCGCAAAAAAGGUCUCAAAGUAUUGCUCGGCAUCGGCGGAUGGAACGAAGGCAGCGGAAACUAUUCAAUAAUGGCUUCGUCGCCGGAUCGUAGGAGAACUUUCAUCGAUAGCACCGUCAAGUUUCUCAAUACGUACGGAUUCAACGGAUUGGACUUUGAUUGGGAAUUUCCCGGACAACGCGGAGGUACUCCCGGUGACAAACAAAGUUUUGUUAGUCUCGUGAAGGAGUUAAGAGAUGCCUUUAAGAGUAACUUAUUGCUGACGGCGGCUGUAAGCGCGGUCAAGAACACUAUCGACGUGGCCUACGAUAUUCCUGAACUUUCCAAAUAUCUUGAUUACAUCCACGUGAUGGCGUACGACUAUCACGGUUUGUGGGAUAGAAAGGUUUUGCCCAAUUCACCGUUGCGAAGCAAUGAUGGAUUAAGUGUGGAAGACACUAUUACAUAUCUGCUGCAAAAAGGUGUUCCAACCAAGAAGCUGGUUUUGGGACUGGCAAUGUAUGGAAGAACGUUCAUUCUGACAAAGGUGCCAGAAUCAAACGUAGAUCCGAUAGGUCUAACCAGUUUGGAAACCUCAUUCAAAGGACCUUACACGUCCGAAGAAGGAUUUAUGGGAUUCAAUGAGAUUUGCGAAACAUUGUCGCGGUCGCAAGAUUGGACGAACGGGUGGGACAACUACAGCAGUACAGCGUAUGCGAUUAAAACGGAUCACGUUGUGGUUUACGACAACGUUAAAGCGAUUGUGGCCAAGAUGGAAUACGUGAAGAAGAAAGACUUGGCGGGUGUUAUGAUCUGGAGCAUCGACAUGGACGAUUUCAGGGGCAAUUGCGAGACGCUUCACGGAGUCAAUUAUCCACUAAUGAGAGCCAUUAAUGAAACUCUGCACGAGACCAACAAUACGGGAACUCCCAACAAAUCCAUCAAAGUUUCCUCGAAUAUAGAGUUCGUGUUAUUGAUCGCGACAAGUCUUUUUUUCUUAAUUAUUAAAUAAUCUACAAGAUUGGAAAUAACAGAAGUGUUUUACAGAUCUCUUUAUAGAUCCGUUCCUUUUAUCUAUAUUUAGUAAGUUAUAUAAAGGUAAUGUAAUAUAAAGGUACAAUAUUAAUAUUUA